ACGUGGCUACUUAUUAAGUAUUUUAAUUAACUGAUCUUUAGGUAACAAAAGGUUCUCAAUUUAGGUACUAAAAGAGCUUUCACCAGCGCCCAACUAUGGUCCUCCUAGCAGCUGCAAUAUGCACCAAGCAAGGGAAAGCUCUUAUAUCAAGACAGUUUGUGGAGAUGACUCGUUCACGUAUUGAAGGUCUCUUGGCUUCCUUUCCUAAACUAAUGAAUUCUGGUCACCAACACACCUUUGUGGAGACGGAGAGCGUCCGCUAUGUCUACCAGCCCCUGGAGCAGCUCUAUAUGCUCUUGAUAACGACUACCACUAGCAACAUACUCGAGGACCUGGAGACACUCCGCCUCUUCUCUAGAGUGGUAGGUUUUAAGAGAGACCUGUCUCUCUGACAUUUGUAUUUUAAUAUACU